UAUGACUUCUCGGUUGACUCUCACUCGAGUGUGAUGUUUGUUAGGACAAGCAAUAGUGCUUACGAAAAAAAUAUUUAGUUUUAUAAAAAGAAAACUUUUAUUUUCUUUGUUUUAUAGUGAAUUUCGUAUAGUUUGAAGAGGAAUGUAAGAGUGGCACGCUUUUAAUAAAGAACCUUAUUAUUUUCCCAGCAGAACAUGUCGUGUAUUGCCGCUAAUUUAGAAGAAAAUAAAGAAUGUGGAAAGGAAACCCUGCUGCCACAGAAAGAUGAACCUGCUAAACAUAGCUCAGUAGUGGCAGCCCAUUAUAACCAUUUAGAAGAGAAGGGCCUAAAAGAAAGGUUAAAUUCUCCGAUUUACUAUCUUAGAAACUUUAACAACUGGGUCAAAAGUGUUCUUAUACAAGAAUACACUGACAAAAUAAGAGAAAAAGACUAUGGCAGAUCAUUGAGAGUCCUCGAUAUAUGCUGUGGUAAAGGAGGUGACUUGAGUAAAUGGCAGAAGGCGAGAGUUGAACACGUAGUCUUUGCUGAUAUUGCAGAUGUGUCUGUGCAGCAGUGUGAGAAACGGUAUGAAGAUCUAAGAUCACGAUGUGGGCGUCUUUUUUCUGCAGAAUUUAUUGCAGCUGACUGUUCCAAAGAACCAUUGAGGGAUAAAUACAGAGAUCCUUCAAUAAAGUUUGACAUAGCCAGCUGUCAGUUUGGACUGCACUACAGUUUUGAAAGCUUACCUCAAGCGAAGCGAAUGUUGACUAACAUUUCUGAGUGUCUUAAACCUGGUGGUUACUUUUUUGGGACUAUACCUGAUGCUUAUGAAAUUGUGUCUCGUGCUAAAAAAGCACCAAAUGGAGACUUUGGUAAUAGAAUUUAUAAUAUUAAAUUGUUGUUUGAUGUUGAGAAGGGAUAUCCUUUAUUUGGUGGAAAGUAUGAUUUCCACCUUGAGGGUGUGGUAGAUUGUCCUGAAUUUUUAGUGAAUUUUAAACUUUUUACUAAAUUAGCUGCUGAGUAUGGAUUGGAGUUAGUGUACAAGGCAAGAUUUGCAGAUUUCUUCAAAGAUCAUUCAGAGAAGUACAGACAACUUCUGCAAAAGAUUGUGUGCUUUGAGAGUUAUCCUGCACCUCCAGGGAAAGAACUUGUUGCCGAGGAAGCAGAAUAUGAACAUGCAAAGCAGUUUUGGCAAAGUAAGGAGAACAAGACUGAGAGAGACCGCAUUGGGACAAUGAGCACUAGUGAAUGGGAAGUGGCAACUGUAUACAUGGCAUUUGCCUUUAAAAAGCUCAAGAACACCUGGGAUGAAAAAGGAAAACCUGUUUACACAAAAUCAAAACAAGAAGGACAAUCUAAUAAAAAUUAAAAGAGAAGUAAACUACAUUUAUUGGGGCAAAUGGACAACAAAUAUUUUAUAUUUUACUGAAGAAAGCAAAUGAUUCUGUUUCAGCUGACUACUUUCUUAGACUCUAAGGCUUUGUCCCUAAUUAAAUGCAGACAUAGUAUGAUUUGUGACAAAAAUGUAGAAUUUGAUCUACAGAAUUUUGUUUUUUAUGUAAUAAGAAUAUGGAUUAAUAAAAAUGUUUCUUAGGUUUAAGUUGUAACAUUCAACAUUAUUUAUUGUAUUGUUGUUUCACAUGCAAAGUUUCCGGUGUAUAGGCCAUUAGAUAGAUUUCUUAAGGAAGAAGACUAUGAGCAAGUCAAUUAUUGUUACUUAGUGUUGGUUAUUUUAAAAUGAAAUUCAGUACUUUACAAUAAUAAUAUGGACUGUAAAAUAUGAAAUCAUGCACACCCAUAGUGUGAUUUCCAAUGGAGAAAACAGACAUAAUUUAGUAUGAUUAUUUGCAUCUUCAUCAUUCAUUUUUCGUUCUUUUACUGUUUAAACUGUUUACCUAUCUUCCUCUCACUUUCCUCCACCUACAUAAAUGCAUUACGGUUUUACUUGAUUUAAGGAUUAUAAUUUUUUUUGGUGUCAA